GUAAAGGGGCCUUCUUCGGUUACGGGCGCGCCGAUUGGUCCAUAUGCAUAUCCGUGCCUCCGCGCAGCCGGAACCGAACCCUUUAACCUUUCUCAGGCCGGGGAAGCUCCCGCACGGUGUGGGUUGCGGUUGGCGGUUUGUCUCUGCGGCUAUGCGCGCGGCGGCGGUUGUGUGGAGGAGUUGCUGGCUCGCGCGGAGCAGCGCGCGUCGGAGCCGCACCAAGAGUGUCGCGGUGGAGAAGGGCUGAGCUCGAGUUUCGACGCUGGGGAACCUUGCUCGCGCUGACCGGAACGCUGCGCCCUCGAUGCCGCGCGCCGCGGGGGCCAGGCGCGAGAGCCGCCUUGCGCUCGGCUGGCCCGGAACACGCAGCGGGGGGGAUGGUGGCCAGCUGUGGGGGCUGCCGGCGGAGGCGCGAGGGCACGGGGCCGCUGGUGGCGCAGCUGCCGACCCCUGCUACCGCCUGCCCGAGAAGCCCCUGCCGCUGGCCCGGCCGCCCACCCGCUGGGAGCGGUUCGCGCGCGAAGGUAUUCGGCGGCGCAAGCGCACGUCGCUGUUGGGAGCGAGUGCGCCACGCAGUGGGGCGGCGCUGGGUACGAGGCGGGCCGGCGGGGACCCCGCCGGGACUGCGGUCAUCGAGGUUGUCCGCCGGCGCCGACCCCAAACGGGACCGUUCGCCAAGCGGCUCGCAGAAGCGCGAGAUGUGGCGCGCAACGAGUUCAACCGCCUCCGCAACAAUCGCCGGGGCGCCCUGCCCGGCCGCGCCUCCAGCCCCACGGCACCAGGGGCCGCGCCCGAGCUGGGCCGCGCCACGCAAGUGGCCCGCGUUUCCACCGCCUCCCUGGGCCGCUUCCAGCCCCGGCUCCCCAAGGAGCCGCCCGCGCCCCCGCCCAGGGGCGGCAAGAAGCGGCACUUCGAGCCGCUGCUCGGUGACCUGGCGGCCGAGAGGAGCCGGCAGCUGGAGCUGUUGCGGGGCCUGGGCAGCAAGAAGCCGCCGCUCGACCUGACACGCGCCGUCAACAAGCAGCUGCGCGAGGAGGACGCCCAGGCGGCCGCGGGCAAGGGCAAGAAGCGCGGGCAGCGGGGCAAGCGGGGCCGGCAGCGCCCGGGAGGCGGCAAGGGGCCUGCGGGCGGCAAGGGCAAGAAAGGCGGGGCCCGGCGUCAGCAGCAGCGGCGCCCGGCGGGCAGAAAGAGGAGCUGAGCUGGGCGCAGGGCUCCUCCUGCCAGACACUGAACCCGGAGGGACACGGGGCCUGCCGCGGCCUGUGGGGAACACUGAGCUUCCAGGGAGGCCUCUGGGGAGCUCGCGGGACAGUGAGCUGCCGCCUCCUCCGUCUGUUCCGAGGGGCUGCAUAGGACUGAGCUGUGCUGUCUGUAGCUGCUAAGGACCCCAGGGGCUGGCUUGCUCCCCAGAUCUAGGGAUCUUCCCUGCUGGGGCGCCCCUUCCUGCCCUCCUAUUUUUCAAUAAAACCUGCCUUUGUCAAGCUG